AUGGAGAACCACGAGCUCCACAAUCCCCCCCCCGUUUCUCUGCCCCCUGCACCUUCCCCCACCUUGUUCAACCAAGCUCAGCCCGCGAUCAACUUCACGCAGCUUCAACCAGAAGAUCAAUGCCACUGUGUUCUGCGACUCGUCGGUCCGCUCAUGGCCUGCGUGCUCCUCUGCACGACCGUCUGUUGGAGCUUGCAAGCCUGGAGGAACCAGUGCCGGUCGCGCGAUCAGAUUGACUGGAAUGAUCAGGUUUUCCUCCUCACCGGCGGCAGCAAUGGUCUGGGCAAGGUACUUGGGGAGACCUUGCCGUCAAAUACAUGA